UUUGUAAAUUGUAAAUAAACAAUUCCUAGAAUAAGUAGGGUCGAAUCACAAAUGCGUUGUUUGGGCUCUGGUUUUCCAAUUCCUUGAAUGUUUUCUUGGAGAUAAUUACCAUUUAUGUAGUAAUUAGUAAUAUAAUCCACAAAAUAACGAUGGCAACACAAGAAAAACUCCAGAAAUCUCUGGAGGCUCUGAAAAACUUAUCAAAACACAAUCAACCAUCUGAGCAAUCCAAGAAAAAAGAAAAAGUACAAUUUUGUUACAAUGUAACAGAAGCUAUUUCUAAUCCUACCAUCAGAAUUUCCCCAAACUUCCAAACACUCUUAGGGAUCAGUGUGGAAACCUUUCUUUUACUAUGUGAUGAUCAAGAUGCUGAUAUACGAAUGACCAGCGAAGAAUGCUUGAACAGAAUCAUUAGGGCUGCAGAUGGCUACGUAGGCAAGAUUCAAAUAGAACUCCACAAAGAAAUAAAAAAGAAUGGAGCAGUCAGACCCCUCAGAGCUGCCUUGUGGCUGUUUUCAGCUCUUGCCCACAAUAUACGGCCACACAAAGGAAAGCCUUAUGCUGCAAACAUGUUUCCAAAUUUAGUUGAAAUUGCCAAGCGAACUGAAGAAUCAUUGCAUGAAACUUUGGCAGCUAGUUUACCUAAAAUAAUGAAAGCUCUUGGAUGUUUCACCACAGAAAAUGAAAUAAAAAUUCUCCUGAAAGCUUUCUUAGCAAAUAUUUCCAAUGAAUCAGCUGUUAUCAGAAGAACUAAUAUAAACUGUAUAUUAACAGUCUGUGCACAUUGCAGGAAACCUGAUAUAUUAUUAUCAUACUGCCUCAGUUAUCUUCUAGACCAGCUGAUUCCUGUCACUGAAGAUAGCUCGUGUUCACUGAUUCUGGGAGCGAUGUCUUGCAUUAAAUCUUCAAUACCAACCUUGCUCAGUACAAAUAGUGAUUGGAAUGAAAAAACUAAGGCUUCCAUUAAUGAACAAUUAUUGCAGGUUUUUGAGUUGUGUCUACAUUAUUUGAAUUAUAAAGAUCAUAACGUAGUCAAUGUUUGUUUAGAAACCCUAAACGUUCUGCUGCAAAACUGUCCCAGAGAUUUGAGACCAAUAUUUCUUUCUAAUAAGGGGCUUGGCUGUCAGAGAAUAUAUACCACAAACAAUACGUCUGAUAGUUUGAAGCAUAGAACUCCAAGUCAGCUCAGCGUAGCUACAAACUUAACAGCUGAAGAUAACUUAUUUUCCGAGUCUGAAUUGACCGAAACACUUCAUUCCGACAUAGAAAAAUGGAUUGACGAAUCCAAGUUAUCAGUGAUGAAUAUUACUUUUGCAAAAACAAAGGAAAAAUCCGUAUCAUUGGAUAAAGUGAAUAAUAUUGGGACAGAAACAGAAAGAAAUCUGGAUACCUGUGAUUAUGGGAAGAUGAAUGAACUGAACAGAGAAAACUUUGUUAGCAAACUGAAAACUCACAGCAUGGAGAAUACAUUGGAUAUACUCAGUCUAAGUGAUAAUUCCUCAGAAAAAAGUUUUUCGUUAAGUACUGACGAUAAAAUUGUUAAUGUAGACGAAGAAAUUCUGGAAAUUGACAUUGGCAAUAUUUCAGAUGAGGUACCUCUAGUAUACUGUAUUCGAAUGAUUUCAAAACUUUUCUUACUUAGUGGAACUACUGGCGUUUAUGCCUCGGAUAAAACGGUCAGAGUUUCUGUCAAAUUUCUAUCUUUAUCCUGCUUAUCGACCAUUUUUCAAUUGUACCCUACUGGAUUUUUCAUCUAUUUGGAUAAAAACUUCACGAGUAGUUCAAAUUUUUCGGGUAAAAAAAUCAGCAAGCAGGGCAUAUCUGACGUACUCUUAUUCAGGAAUCAUCCGGAUCCGCAGUUGAGAGGUGCUGUCAGGACUUUGAUAGGUAGUUUUCUGAAAACCGUAUCCAGCUUGUGUGAGGGUGGUUACGAAGAUUGGAUUGUUUCAAAUUGUGAUGCUGUCGAUCAUACUAGGAUGUUACAAACUGAAAAAUUUGUCAGUAUUUUCAUAGAGGGUCUCAAGGAUGAUUCGUCAACUUGCGUGAGGCAGACAUUGAUCAGUUUAGAUUCCAGUCUAAAAUACAUUUUAGAUUAUCAAAAUGGAACUUCUGUGAUAGCUUUGUUGAAUAUCUUGCCCAUAUUAUCAAAGAAUCCAUAUUGGUUAGUUAAAGUAUCCUUAUGUGAGUUGGUUUCAAAAAUUGAUUACAUCAGCGUAUAUCAUGUGACGGAAAAUGAUGAUUUCCAAAACAAAGUGAUAUACAAUAUUUUAUUUGAACUUCUAGGGGAUAGUGAUCAGCGAGUCAGGACUUCUGCUGCUCUCAGCAUUGUAGGUAUCAUUCCACGAUUGUAUUCCAAGGAAUAUUUCGUAAACAAACCCCCAUCCACAUCAAGGGCCACUCUUGAGACGAAACGUCUCACACAAAGUUUCGUAGAAGUCGAAACAGAAACGAAUGUCAACAAAAAACACUUCAUCAAGCAGAUGCCAUUUCCAUUCAAUAAACUCUGCAACAACUUCUGCGACAGGAUUGACUUUACUUUAUCUAAAAUUAUUGCUCGGCUAUGUAAUAUGCUCCUCACAUCAACAAUAAAAAACUUGGUGAGUGGAUGUAUUGAAACCCUUUCUCGGCUAUCCAAUGCCUUUCCUUGUACGGUUUAUAAAAAUAGUUGGUGCACAAGGGACUAUCAAUUUUGUGAAAACUUAAAAAUACCCGAUUUGUUGAAUUUGUGCCUGAGUUUGUUAACAAAUUCUGUGCACGUUUAUGGAUUACAAACUCAUAUUGAUAUCUUGAAUUUGACUUGUAAUCUCUAUGCAGGGCAAUCUCUUCCUUUGCUGAAGCCUAUCAAUAUUGAAUGUACCAACUCCAUGUGGAGCAUGUUCAGUAACGAUGCCUUUCAGGAAAUAUCAGAAACUUACUUAAACCACACUAUAAAGUUGUUGAAUAUAUUUCACCAUGUUCUAAACGAUUCAAACCCUGCCCAACCUCAUACUAAAGUGACACUACCCAAUCUUCCAGCUGCAAGUUCCUUGUCUCCAUUAAAAAGGCGGAAAAGUGAUCUCGAUAGAAAGACGAUGAAUGCAAUGAAAUAUGAUAAAGAAGAGAAAGCAGAUAAAAAAGACUACAUGAAAACCAGUUCUUUGGGGUGUUUUGCUCAGUCUAGUCACUACAUGAAAAUUUUUGAUACAUUGAAAAGUUCAUUUUCAAAUUAUAAGAUGUCCAUAGAUUCUGUUUCUUCGCAAACCUUCCUGGAGUUGCUUGUCACAACUCUUCAGUCACUCUCAGUGUUGAUGGAAGUAAGUUCACUAACUGAAUUCGGCAAGAUUGCUGAAGAUAUUUUGAUUUAUCUACGUUCCACGUUUGUGGUGGAAGCCUCAGCGACAGUGGAAUGUGUGCAGCAACUAUUGAAGUGCCUGUUUGGAACCAAUUUAAUGGCGAAUAUAACCGAAUUUGCAGAGAAAAAAGUUGAAGAACAAGUUGGCGAGCAAGGAUUUUACCAUAAUGUUUUCCAAAAACCGUAUAACCUCAUUUCUCAGUUCUACGUCGCUUUGAAUAACAUCAGUAGGCAUGAUUUCGAUGAUGACAGUACGGUUAUGGGCUAUCUGCACCGGACAGAUGUCAAAAGAAGAUCUGUAGUUCUGUCAAGGAGUUCUGAUAAAAUCUUAGCUGAAUAUAUCAGGAUUUUCGAGCCUAUGGUUAUUAAGUCAUUGAAACAAUAUACUGUAACAAGUGACGUUAGACUACAAUGCCAAGUUUUACAAUUACUGAGUCAGCUAGUUCAACUCAGAGUCAACUAUUGUUUACUUGAUUCUGAACAAGUCUUCAUUGGCUUUGUCAUCAAGCAGUUUGAGUUCAUUGAAGAAGGUCAAGUACCAUCUACAGAAGAAUUGAUACCAAAGAUCUUCCAGUUCCUGGUCCAACUUUCGUAUAGCAAGCACCAUUCCAAAUGUAUCAUAGGUGUUCCGAAGAUAAUUCAGCUCUGUGAUGGUUUAAUGGCUAGCGGCCAGCCUUCGCUAACACAUUGCAUACCAGCUUUAGAACCUUUAGUAGAGGAUAUAUUUCUCAGCAGAAACAAAUCCAACACAUCAGACGUAAAAGAAUUGGAAACAACUCGCGAAGUGGUUCUGUCGAUGUUGUUACGUCUAUGCGAUGACAUACAGGUGCUCGACUUGAUAUCUUUAAUUCUGGAAGAUAGUAAAUAUUGCACUGACAACACAGAGAAGUGGUACGAUUGGUCCAAAAGGGUCUUUAGCGUUGUACUCCCUAGGUUGAAACAGAACAAACUGAAGUUAGAUAGUUCAGAUGCUUUGUCUUCGAUGAGAAGGUUUAUUUUAGCUCUGAAUCCUGAAGUCUUCAAACCGUUUGAUGAGAUCAUCAUAAUGUUUUUUCAGGAUCCACCUCCAAGGGAAAGUGAUUUAGCGUCAAUCUGUGGUUGGUUGUCCAAAAUUCUGGUAUUACUCUUCGUGAUCACUCCUGUUAAAGAAGAAACACUCUUAUCAAAAAUCAACAAGUUGAAACACGAGUUCUCUCCAGGAAGUAUUUAUGAUAAUGUCGUCACGAAAGCUGAUCCUCUGAAUGUGAAUAACAACGCAGACACCUUUCAAAGAAUUCCGGCAGAGAUGAUUUUUUGUAGAUUAUUAUUCAGAAUAGUAUCAAUAAUGGUAAAACAAUGUUUGCUCUUUGUGAGAGAAGGACAGGAAGCAUUUCUAACGGAACAAUUUUCUGGAUUAUUACUCCAAUACUUGUAUUUAUUUCAGUCAGGAAAUCAUCGUAAGAUUUCGAGCACGGCUUUAAAUGUUGUUAAUCAAAACAUUCCAUAUGGCGAAGAUGACGUUCUGCAGUUGAGUGAAAUUAAUGAAAAUUUCAUCAAUUUAGCAGCAUUCCACCCUGUACUGACCGCUCAGUGGUGCAAUUGUUUAACGCCAUUAAACUUCAAUGAUGAACAUUUUUGGUCAAAAGUUUUCGCGGUAGAUAUCAAAGUUUUGAACGAAAGGCAAAAUAAGUUUUCAAUUGAUUUGGAAAUAAUGAAAGUUGGAGGUGUAGUUUCAUUUUGUGACUACUUGAGCGAGAAUAUUUCUGAUGCUGAUCAUGUGACGUGGUUUUUACGAAACAAUUCUCCAUUUUUGGUGGCUUUAUUAGAAGAACCGCCAGUUUUGGAAUUCAUCUCUUCCGUUCAUAGAAAUCCUUCCUUUAGCGAAGUUUUUAUAAGGAGCAUCUCCGGACAUAUCAAAAACGCUCGUUCUUCCGUCGACAAAGUAAAAGUAUUGAAAUGUAUCGAGAACUGUCAUCAGUCACAAAUAGGCCCGGUAUUGAAUUUGUUGAUUCCGGACAUGUUAAAGUGCCAUCAAGCGGUAGUUUCACGAAUGGCCGCUAAUUUGGCUAGUAGAAAAAUUGAAAUGUUACUGAUGAUGCCCAUGGAAGAUGUGAGUAACCAAUUAUCAAAGGAAACCCUGACCAAAAUUCAAAGGUUAUUAGUUUCCUUGAACUUGGUCAAAAAGCACGAAACUCUAGUUAGUCUCUUGAACAAGCUCUCAGUGCAAUAUUACGAUCUCAGCCCUAUAGAAUUCGAACAGAGACGGGUAGUUAACCCACAGUACAUAAAAAAAUUGAACGUUAACAGGACUUGGUAUUUGUCCCAGAUACAGGCGAAAUGCAAUGACGCCAAUAUUGGAAAUGAAAUGGCUGAACUGUUGAGUCAAAUCGAGUACCAUGAAAUCAUCAGCUUCAUGUGUAGCGAUGGGUUCAAUAAAUCUUGUUUGAAAGAUUGCUUGAGGUUGGGUUUGGAGAAUAUUAGAAAACAAAAGUUGACUGCGGAAUCUGACUUGAUCAGUGCCAGUAUCGACUGCGUUUUGAAGGAUAUUGAUAUUUUGGUGAGCAAAAUGCCUUCUAAUCAUCAGGUGAGUUCUCAUUUUUUUAUUCAUAUAUUUUUGUUCGAAAAUGCAGCAAAAAUUUUGUUCAAUGUAUUGUAUCAAUCUAGCGUACAAGAAGGGGAUAUGUAUAUGAACCGUGUAUCUAACAAUCAAAUUUCCGAUAAUAAUCUAGAAGAAAUAAUGAGGUUUGCUGUGUUAUGUUUAGAGUAUGUAAGUCAUUUAACUCAAGUCCACAGUGAUGAUUUCAAAGUGCACGUGACAGAUAUGUUUCUGAAUGCUAGCAACGGUAUUUUCCGAAAAUUGGAGGUUUGCAAUUUAUUAGGACUCGAUAGUAAUGUUACGUGGUUUUGUUCUACUGUAAAUAGCAUAUACCGCCUAGUGAAUUUACUGCUGAGAAAUGAUAGGCCUGUACCAAGUGUGCCAACUUAUGCCUUGAACGAAAUCCUCAGUAACGUAGAGACAAUACCUAUAGGACAUGCGGUGCACCAGAUGUACACUUUAUCUUGUUGGUUGUUCGAACAAAAGGCUGUGAACCAAUCAAAAAUACCUGACUUUCUGUUCAAACCUAUUAAAAGUUUAGUGAUACGUUUAUCGAGGAUACCGCUGGUCAACUCGUAUAUUUUGGUACCACAUCAAGCCUGGAAAACUGGUUGGCAACCCGAUGUAAUGUCGGGGUUAUUCAAAACUCAGGUUCCGUCGUUGCCCUUAGAGUUGCUGAAAGAAAUUGAUGUUCUCCAAGAAUAUAUUCUCAGGGUAACUUUUCUCGGUUGGACAUCUAGACAGCAGUUUGAAGAAACUUGGAUGUGUCUCCUAAGUGUCCUUUGUAUUCCUCUAGACAAUUUAGAUCCCCUCGAAAUGAAUGAGACUUCACACGCGUCCAGUCUAGCGAUUAAAGCUAUCACAGCACUUUUACUGGAAACGUUAACGAGCUCGAUGGCUGGCAAUCCAAAUAUCUCGAAGCUGAUCCAUAUUUCAAGGAACCUUCCUCUGGAUAAUGGAAGCGUCGGGGUUCGAAAAUUGCACCACAUUCAAAAUCAAAUUUCUCUAAGUUACGACAACUCAUUAGAUAUUUACAAUUACUCCAAUAUUUUUAAUGUGUUUGAAUGUCGUAACUUGGAGAAAAUCAGUAAGGAAUAUUCGUGUGGACAAGUUUCUGUUGAAUAUUUCCUUAAUGCACUGGGUCUUAAAGAACCUGAGCAGCAUUCGUUGACUGCUGAAAUAUUUCAGAGUCGAAAGAAGAUGCUCGAAGAUUAUGGAUUGGAUAUAAAUUCUUGCCUUCAAUUUUUGAUUGAUUACUAUACGCAGCUUAUGAAACCACAGUCCAACACACAUAUACGUGUCCUUCAUGAGGCUGUGAGAUCCACCGUAAUGAUAUCCGAUCUCUUUUCGGACAAGUCUCAGUUUUCUUGGAUGAUGGAUGUUUUUCUAGAACUUUCCAAGCUGCACCCCGUAGAAGACGAAUUCAUACAUCAAUAUUUGAUAGUUGGAAUAUGUAAGGCAGUUGCUGUGUUGUCUCCGGAAUUGGAAGUUUAUGAACAAGUCAAAAAACUACUAAUGCAAUACCUGAAGAGCCCGUAUUUGGUGUCAAGGAUGUCAUGCGUACAGGGGCUUCUGUACAUUUUGGAGGGUUGUAAAUUUAGCAAUACAAAAAUUGGUGGAAUAUCUGAGGAGUUACAGCUGAUGUUGCCAUGCGCAGUUGAAUAUGUUCAAUUCAAUUUGAAUAAUACAAAUAGUGUUUUGAAAAAAUCUCAGGAACAUUCCACUUUGGUGUGGUCUUUGACAUUUUACUUGAUCGAAAACGUGGAGGAAGUUCAUAUGGAACAGAAUUUCGUUACAAAUACACUGGUAUCGGCAUUUUCGUCCUUGAAUAAGAUUAAAAUGAAUCCAUUGGAUAUUUGCGUUAUAAAGGGUCUAGAGAGAUUAUUGAUAAUCAAGAAAGUAUCAAUGAUGGAACGAGUUGGAAAGCAGUUUUUGAAGCUAGCACUAGAUAAAAUGAGAAAUGACAAUCCUGUAUCUGCACUUCUUGGGACCCAGUUACUUUUGACAUAUAUGUAUAUAGAUUGUGCUAAUCACCUGCAAAAUGUACAAACUUCUGACAAUACACCCACGAGUCCAGAUCAUUUGGUACAGACAAUGGAAAAAAUAUCUGCAAUAUUUGAACGUAUAAAGAAAGGAUAUGUUCAUGAAGUUGAAAUACUCUGCUCAGUGUUACCGGAUAUUCUCAACGACUUCUUUUCUCCUUCUGAUAUCCUCACCAAAGUCAUAGGGGAGUUCUUGUCUUCUCAACAGCCUCAUCCAAAAUUGCUCAGCAAAGUAGUAUUUCAAGUGUUCCUGAGCGCAAUCCAAAGAAACCAACUGCCAUUGUUACAGGACUGGGUAGUUUUCAGUUUGUCCAAUUUCACACAGUCCUUCUCAAUUGGCAUGGCAACUUGGUGCCUAACCUGCUUCUUCAUCAGCGCCAGCACUAACAAUUGGUUGCGUUCAUAUUUCUCAUACGUCCAAACCAGAGUCGGUAGGUACGAAUAUGAAGACAGAAAAAUGUUGUGUAUAGCGGGGGCAGAUUUUUUCAAUAAUUUAACCAAUGACAAGCAACGGCAAACGUUCAUUGAUAAUUUUACAAAAGUUAUGGACCAGCCAGAUACUCCAUAUAAAGACUUGUUAUUGUCGCUAUAGAUAAAAUCAAAUACUUUAUUAUUGUUGACUGUUGUGACCAAACAUCUUAGAUUAUAUUGUAAAUACAUGUUUUCAUGAAAGA